CUUUGAGUGUUUGGCCUAGGUACAAUGCCUUUAAAAAGCAGAUGACUGACCAGCUUAGCUACUGACCAUGCUGACCAUUGUCCGGAAUUGGAUCACAUCACACAAAAACACCAAAUGGCCUUCUCUUAUAGAAUAUCAGAACAGAGCACAAUUCCUGAGCACAUUUUGCAGAGCUCCUUUCAUCACUUAAUCUUUGCUAACUGGUCUGGGUUACAGACAGAAUUGAUACCAGAGGAAAUGAAACAGAUUGGUGAGCAACAAGGAAAUAAACCGCGCUGGGCAGCUCUUCUGAUACUCAUGGUGAUAAUACCCACAAUCGGUGGGAACAUCCUGGUUAUUCUGGCUGUUUCAAGGGAGAAAAAGCUGCAGUAUGCUACCAAUUAUUUUCUAAUGUCCUUGGCAGUGGCUGAUUUGCUGGUUGGAUUGUUUGUGAUGCCGAUUGCCCUCUUGACAAUAAUGUUUGAGGCUAUGUGGCCCCUCCCACUUGUUUUAUGUCCUGUCUGGUUAUUUCUUGACGUUCUUUUUUCUACUGCAUCCAUCAUGCAUCUCUGUGCCAUUUCCGUGGAUCGUUAUAUAGCCAUCAAAAAGCCAAUCCAGGCCAAUCAAUAUAACUCACGAGCCACAGCAUUCAUCAAGAUUACAGUGGUAUGGUUAAUUUCAGUAGGCAUUGCCAUUCCAGUACCUAUUAGAGGGAUAGAAACUGAUGUGGGUAACCCAAGCAACAUCACCUGUGUGCUGACGAAGGAUCGUUUCGGCAACUUCAUGCUCUUUGGCUCACUGGCUGCCUUCUUCGCACCCCUAGCAAUCAUGAUUGUCACCUACUUUCUCACUAUCCAUGCUUUACAGAAGAAAGCUUACUUGGUCAAAAACAAGCCACCUCAACGCCUAACGUGGCUGGCUGUGUCUACAGUUUUCCAAAGGGAUGAAACACCUUGCUCAUCACCUGAAAAGGUGGCAAUGCUGGAUGGUUCCCACAAGCACAAAACUCUGUCCAACUCAAGUGAUGACAUACUUAGGCGAAGAAUGUCCACAGUUGGAAAAAAGUCCAUGCAGACCAUUUCCAAUGAACAGAGAGCCUCCAAGGUUCUAGGGAUUGUUUUUUUUCUCUUUUUGCUCAUGUGGUGCCCCUUUUUUAUUACAAAUAUAACUUUAGUUUUAUGUGAUUCCUGCAACCAGACUACUCUCAAAAUGCUCCUAGAGGUAUUUGUAUGGAUAGGCUACGUUUCCUCAGGGGUGAAUCCUUUGGUCUACACCCUCUUCAAUAAGACAUUUCGAAAUGCAUUUGGCCGAUACAUCACCUGCAAUUACGGGGCCACGAAAUCAGUAAAAACUAUCAGAAAAUGCUCCAGCAAUAUCUAUUUCCGAAAUCCAAUGGCAGAGAACUCAAAGUUUUUCAUGAAACAUGGAAUGCGAAAUGGGAUUAACCCUGCCAUGCACCAGAGCCCAAUGAGGCUCCGCAGUUCAAACAUUCAGGCUUCCUCAAUCAUUCUACUAGAUACACUUCUCCUCACAGAAAAUGAAGGUGACAAAACUGAGGAGCAAGUCAGUUAUGUAUAG